AUGGCGGCCAUCAAGGCUCUGCAGCAGUGGUGCCGGCAGCAGUGCGAGGGCUACCGAGACGUGAGCAUCACCGACAUGACCACGUCGUUCCGCGACGGCCUGGCCUUCUGCGCCAUCCUGCACCGCCACCGGCCGGACCUCAUAAACUUCGAUGCUCUCAGGAAGGAAAACAUUUACGAGAACAACAAGCUGGCCUUCCGCGUGGCGGAGGAGCAGCUGGGCAUCCCGGCCCUGCUGGACGCCGAGGACAUGGUGGCUCUGAAGGUCCCCGACCGGCUGAGCAUCCUGACCUACGUGUCCCAGUACUACAACUACUUCCAGAGGGGCGCCCCCGCUGAGCGCACGGCCGGUGUCAAAAGGCCGCCGUCCGAUGCCAGUGAGGAGCCGUCUGGAAAGAAGGCCCCGUCCCAACUCACACCCAGCCCGGCCCGGGGACAGCCACUGUCUCCAGUCAGCACAAACCGCACGGUCCAGCGGAGGGAUGGGGGCAUGGAGGGUCCCCCGCAGAAGGCUGGCCAGGCCGCGGGGGGCUCCCUCAGCAGCAGCUGCGGCAUCUGCGGGCAGCACGUGCACCUCAUGCAGCGCCACCUGGCGGACGGGAGGCUGUACCACCGCGGCUGCUUCAGGUGUAAGCAGUGCCCCAGCACGCUGUACUCGGGGGCCUGCAGGGCCACAGGAGAGCCCGGCGUCUUCGCCUGCUCCAGCCAUCACCCCGAAACCACCUCUGCCAGCCCCACGUUGCCCAGCCUGGCCUCCAAGCGGCCUGGGGCCAUGUCCGGGGACUCGGAGACCCCUGGAGGCCUGAGGAAGACGCGGGAGGCGAGCGGACAGAGAGACGCGGGGCCAAAGGCCAGGCCGCCCGGCUGGGACCCCGCGGCAGGCAGCGCGUCUGCCAGAGGUUCUCCUCCAGCUUCAGCCGACCCGCCAGCCCCCGUUUCAUCCCGAGUCCCCGUGGGGAGCCCAGCUGCGCCCAGGCUCAUGGUGGGCCCCGCAGGGGGUGAAGCCAGAACUCAUGUGACCAGCAGCUCCCUGACGGUAUGGCCGUCGCCAGCAGGCAGACCCCGGCCCACCGGGACCCCGUGUGCCCCGGACCCUUGCCCAGCCACACCGCAAGGCUGGGCCACACCCCGAGUCACAGCCCCCCAGACCAAACUCAGUUCUAGGCCGGCAUCUCCAGUGCCAGGAGGCACCCCGGCCUGGACCCCGUCAUCCUCUAAGACCCAGCAGGCUCGGGAGCGGUUCUUCCAGACCCCCGGAGCUGCCCCCAGCCCUGGCCCGCCCGCUGCAGAUGCGCCCUCCAUGGACGGCCGCAGGGAGCAGGCGCUGAGCUUCCUCCGCAAGACCCUCCCGGAGCUCGGGGCGCCCGGCAGAGCUGGAGGCCCCGGGAACGAGCGCCAGAGGGCCCCCACCGCCGCCACCCCUGCUCCCAGCUCCCAUCCCAGAUCUGGGGGGCCUGCAGCCAGUCCACCAGCCAGAGCAUCACAGCCGGCGUCCCCACAGACCCUCAGCUCCCCUACGAGGACGGGGCCUCCCCCGGCCCCGGGUGUGGGCAGCGCCUCAUGGCCAUCCCAGGAGGCCAAGAAGGGCCCAGCUGCCUCCUCAGGGGCCGUCGGGGUCGGUGCUGGCUCCAGGCUGAAGCCAGAGGCCCCGCUGGCCAAGGGCCCGGGCACCAGCCCCCAGGCUAGCCCGGAGGACCAGCCGGCGGGGUGGAGGGCCCGCCUGAAGCCCGUGGAGAAGAGCCCCGCGGACAGGGUCCUGGAGCCAAAGGAACCUCAGGUCCUGGGAGAGCUGAGGGCAGGUGACACAGCUGGGAAGGCAUCCGGGAGCUCCAAGGGGGGCAUCCAGAUCACGCUGACCUCUGUGCGGGUGGACAGGAUGCCGGGCGCAGCCGGCCCCGGGGCCAGCCUCCCAGCCGCGUCUGCGUCCGCAUCCCCUCUCAGGAAGCUGGCCGUCCCAGCCAGCCUGGAUGUUUCUGGUGACUGGCUGCAGCUUGAACCGUCAAGGAAGGAAGGCCCUGCCCAGAACCAGAAGGAGGAGGAGAAAGGUCCUCCGCAAGGCAAACCAGGGAGGCCGCCAGGCCCCGCCGGUGUAGCCGCUCUGCCUGCCAGGUCGGCAACCUCCCCAGUCACGUUACAUCCCGACUACAUGCCGCCCGAGAUCCAGCGGCAAGUGCAGGACAUUGAGAGGCAGCUGGACGCCCUGGAGCUCCGGGGCGUGGAGCUGGAGAAGCGUCUGCGAGCGGCCGAGGGGGAUGACUCGGAGGAUGCCCUCAUGGUGGACUGGUUCCGGCUCGUCCACGAAAAGCAGCUGCUGUUGAGGCUGGAGUCGGAACUGAUGUACAAGGCCAGGGACCAGCGCCUGGAGGAGCGGCAGCUGGACCUCGAGGGGGAGCUGCGCCGGCUGAUGGCCAAGCCGGAGGGUCUGAAGUCCCCCCAGGACCGGCAGCGGGAGCAGGAUCUGCUGGACCAGUACGUGGACACGGUCAACAACCGCAGCGACAUCAUCGACUUCCUGGAUGAGGACCGGCUUAGGGAGCAGGAGGAGGACGAGGUGCUGCGGAGCAUGAUCCAGAAGCUGGACCUGCAGAGGAGCGGCGAGGAGCAGAGGAAGAAGCCCCGGUUCCGCUUGUCCAGCAUCUGGUCCCCCAAGAGCCGGAGCAGGACCCCCGAGUAGCCGCCUGGCGGCGCUGCAGAACCCUCGUCUGCG